UUACUUCUACAUAACCUCAAUAAAGUGUUUGCAAACAUUUAUCAUCUCAAAUAAACUUGAUAAAAACAUGACUGAAGAAGAUAUUAUGAGUAAUUUCAUGAAAGAAUACAAUGAAAUACGUAAAAACGCAAAAUUGCUGCAUUUUACUGACGCUGAAAUCGAUGAGAUCUUCCUAAAUGGUUUAAAACAUGUCAAAACACCCAAAUCUACAACAUUUACAAAAAUUACCAAAAUUAUCCUUAGUAUUGUGUUAAUUUCACUUGUGAUUUAUGUAUUACUCUACAUACAUCAACCCACAUCAAGUUUAGUCCUCCGAAACGUGCAGAGUUUCAUCUAUCCAGGCUUUAAAGUGAUUAGAAACCUUGGUAUUCCAAUAAUUUCUUUGUUUCCUGCACUUACAGCACUAUAUGAUGAAACAUGCCUAGUAGAAAAUCCAUACUUCCAUGUCACUAAUUUGGACUGUUAUCCAUGUGAACAUGUUCAUUCAGUGAUAAACCUCACUGGAUUAUCCCUAAAUCAUUCAUUUUACGAGAGUGGAACACCGUUUGUAAUAAAUGACCAAAGAAACUUAGUAUUUUUUGCAGAUUUAGUCAAUCUGUAUCAAGAAAAUUCAAUUAUUUUCGACCAAAAUGCGCCUUGGAUGAUCACAUCAAACAAUAAAAGCUUUAAACACAUUGGAAAUGUGUUAAACAAUAAUAAUAUACAAUUCAGCAAAGAUAAUUUUGUUCAUUGGCGUAUUAAUCGUAUGUUACCAGCGAGAAUCAUAAGGAAAUUAUUCCCACGUCCGAGUUUUAUUAGUGAAUGGUCCGGACAAAGCAUAGAAAGAUACGUUUUGAUUGACGGACCAAAAAGUCCAGGAUAUUCACUACCAAGCUUUGAAUGCAGCUAUGUUUUCGUCGUCCAAGGAUCUGGGGAACGCGAUAUUAUACUGGAAGCUACGCCAGAGUGUAAAGACAACUGCAGACGAAUUCCAAUUAGGUUGAAACCUUCUUAUAUUUUGUGGUACAACUGGUGGUACUGGAAACCGUUGAGUCUACCGGCCGAGAAUUCCACCAACGUCUCCAUCAGCUACGUUAGUUCGCACUGUUUGUAGUUCAUAUUGUGCUAGUCCUCUUAUCUUAAUAAUUAUAAUUUCAUACAACCCACUAACGUUUCGCUCAUUUUGUUAAUCAUGUACAUUGUACACAUAAAUGCAAAUUCAUUCGACGUAACAAUAAUCACUUUCACAAUUCCACGAACAAACAAAAAUAAUAAUUAAACAAAAAUAUAAAUUCUUGAACAAAAGAAAGACGUUUGCAGUCGAAUUGAAACUUCUCUGAAAACGACUUUGGACGUGGAAAAUUUAUAACAUUAAAAUAAAUUUUUCUUAACAAUA